AUGAAAAAAAAGAAAGCAUUGCCUUCUUUCUUAUAUCUUGUAUUUAUCGUACUUUUGCCCUGGGGAGUCUCUUUCUCUUUUAACAAAUGUCUGGAACUUUGGAUUAAGAAUUGGUGGAAUACCAGGCAAUCCGAAACUUUCUUAACUGAUAUUCAAGAGAAAAGGAUUCUAGAAGGAUUCAUAGAAUUAGAGGAACUUUUUCUCUUGGACGAAAUGAUAAAAGAGAAACCGAAGACACAUGUACAAAAACUUCCUAUAGGAAUACACAAGGAAAUAAUACAAUUGGCCAAAAUAGAUAAUGAGGAUCAUCUCCAUAUCAUUUUGCAUUUCUCAACAAAUAUAAUCUGUUUGGCUAUUCUAAGUGGUUCUUUUUUUCUGGGUAAAGAAGAACUUGUCAUUUUGAAUUCUUGGGUUCAGGAAUUUUUCUAUAACUUAAAUGAUUCAAUAAAAGCUUUUUUUAUUCUUUUAGUUACUGAUUUUUUUGUUGGAUUUCACUCUACCCGCGGUUGGGAACUACUAAUUCGUUGGGUCUACAACAAUCUUGGAUGGGCUCCUAACGAGCUAAUUUUCACUAUUUUUGUUUGUAGUUUUCCUGUGAUUCUAGACACGUGUUUGAAAUUUUGGGUCUUUUUUUGUUUAAACCGUCUAUCUCCUUCACUUGUAGUCAUUUAUCAUUCAAUUAGUGAAGCAUAA